AUGUCUGGUUCAGACUUUUUCUGGCAAGUAUAUGAGUUGCUCCUUGAGAAGUCGCUCUUGGAUAAUAUGGAUUUGGGAAUGGUGGAGGAGUAUUAUUUAACAUCGAAGCGGAAAGCACUAAUUUCCUCCAAAUCCGUUUUAUGCAUUUCGGUAAUAGUUACCGUCAUUGCUUGCUGGUUCUCUACUUCUCAUCAGGUACUUGGCCUUUUGGUGUUUCCUGCACUUUUCAUCGGGUUGUUGGAAGUUACCAAGCGGUUUUGUUAUUGGAUCAUAUCUUCCUACGUCAAUGUAUCAGCUGAUUUCGAUUCUAUUUCCCAUCGUAUGGUUUCUGCCAUCCGAUCCCGAGAAGUAGCUUUUUUCGGACUAUGGAAAAAAUUUGACAUGAAUCCGACUGUGUGCUUACACUCAUUCCGGCUUGAAUUGUUGAAAGCGCUUCGUUCUGAAGUUCAGUGUCAUGUGCGUAUGACGAGAAAUUUGAACAGAUGUGAUGAUUCGGAGUUGUUGUGUGAGAUGUUUACACUCGAAAUGUCGCAGUUGGCUUUAGAAGAUAAUAUAUGCGAACAAUUUCUUCAGCUAUCUGCUUUAAAAGUUCUUUCACACUUCGUAGUUAUUGAUUUUGCGGUUAUAUGUACAGGAAUUGUGGCAGCUAUUGUUUCUUUUACGGAUCUUGAAUUUAUCAAUUAUGGUGACUGCUGUGCAGCAAAGAAGAAAAUACAAAAAUUUUCGCCUUUUUUGUCAACUACCGAGAAGAUUCAAGCGCAUCUCAGUUUUGCUUCAGAAAUUCUAAAUGGGAAUGAAAUAUCAGAGGAAGAAAAAUUUCUGUAUGUCGCUGAUAUACUAAGAAAAGCUAUUGAAAUUUCUGCCCCCAAAAUACAUAUAAAACAUGAAGAUGUAAAGCAUUCAAACAUGUCAUCAAAUUCUUCGGUAUCGGAAGAUACUGACAAAGACGAGUCUGCUGCGGAUGGGUUACCGGUUGAAGAGAUAUAUGAAGGAUUCCCUCUUGCCUCAGAUGACCAACAAAAGGAUGGGUUUCUCUCUUCAUGGCAAGAAGGCGAAUCAAAUGAAACAUUAGCAAGAUCUGUGAUUGUAGAAUUAAAAUCACGCCUUGUUGAGCGAAUAAGAGAAGUGGACGCAGAUAAAGCAACAAAAAUUGAUCAUAGUCAACAAAUGGCAACAACUGACGAUGAAUUUCAAGAAAUAUUAGCAGUCGAUGAGAACUGUGAUGUUCAGAAAACUGCUGAUCUGGAUUUUAAUAUUUUUAGUUCGAUUUCGAAAAAUAAUGAUACAUUUCAGUCAAAAAAUGUAAAUUUAGAUUUAAAACAAGCCAUAUCGCUUAUAAAAUUAAAGCCAAGUGUUGAUUUUAUAGAUGAUCCUGGACAGGAGUCAUAA